AUGGCCGCGCGGAACGCCUCAGCUUUCCAGUUCACGAGCCCCUCAAUCGACCACGAGUUCUGGAAGGACUUCAGCGAGGCCGAUUGUACGUGGCUGUACGCGCCACUGACGUCAUUGGCCAUUGAUCACGAGUUCUGGAAGGAUUUCCCAGAGGAAGACUGCACGUGGCUCUCUGGCCCGCUGGGCUUCCCGGCGCCUGCAGAUACAUCCAUCGAUCAUGCGUUCUGGGAGGACUACAGCGAGGAGGAGCAGACGUGGCUCAACACGCCCACGCCCAGGCACGUCAUGGGUGCACGCGCUGCUGCCACCAGCUCUGCUGCCGCUGUGAAGAGCGCCGCUGUGAAGAGCGCUGCUGUGAAGACUGCCGCUGUGAAGAGCGCUGCUGUCAUGCGCCCUGCUGGUGUGGAGAUUGCUUCCGUGAAGACCCUUGCUGUGAAGCCCGCGGUUUCAGCAGGCAAGGGAACGCCUGCAUUUGCAGCAGCACCAGCCAAGGCUGCUGCUGUAAGAAUCGUUGCUGUUAAGCCUGCAGCUGCAGCAGGUAAAAGAACGCCAGGCAAGGCCACACAUGUGACGCCGGCAGGUGCUGUGAAGAGCGCUGCAGUGAAGAUCGUUAAGCCUGCAGCUGCCGCAGCUAAAGCAACGCCAGCCAAGGCCACACGUGUGACGCCUGCAGCUGCUAAGAGUGUUGCUGCAAAGAGCAGCCCAGUGGGGUCGGUACCAACAAAGGCAGCAGGAGAGAAGGUGAGGGAGCAGGGCAAUGGGAGGGCAGCACACACGGCGGUGCGUGCAGCAACAGGGAAGGCUACGCUGGGAGGGGUGGAGGCAGCAGGAGGGCGAGCAGCAGGCGCGCCACACAGCACUCGCAACCCGGCUGCUCCAGCAGCAGCACUGGCGGCCACUCGCAUUCCCAAACCACGCCCCGCUGCACCCAGUGGCAUUCCCAAGCCACACAGCAAGGCACCCAAGGGAAGCAGUGAACGGUGA